UGAAGAGAUGCGAGAAAGUGGUGAUCGAUUUCGUCGCGAGCGCGCGUCACCGACGAGUCCGAGAAUCGUCUUGAGGCGGGUGUUAGUGCUGUCGGAGGGCAGGCAGUUCAGGGAGGCGGCCGCGGUCCUGCAGAAGCUGGGGCCAAACACCAUAGCCACCGUCGCGGGAGAGCUGCCCUUGGAUUUACUCGUGGAGGGGCUACCGCACUCGGCUCAGCUGCUGGAGACGCUUUUCAAUAAGUUGAUAGCUUCUGGCCAACGACCAAACAUCAACGCAGAAUUAGUAGUUUGGCAACUAGUGCGUCUCUUGGCAUCCCACGAUGACCCUACUCUCAAAACAAAAGUUGCAAGACUGGCCAAAGCCCUCUUAGAUUACCAACCAGAUUUCCAACGAAUAAUUUCAGCUAGGAGAAAAGCUCUAGAACAAGCUGUACAAGGUCUCGGCUGCCACGGCCUCACCCCUGACGUCUCCGGGCUAACCCAUCUCCACGUGGCCAUUAAAAAUGAACUUCAACGCCACAUCGACGCCUACAAGAGCGCCCUCCACCGGCUGGAUGAGCUAGGCUUAUGCUCAGCGGAUAACAAGAAACCUGUGGACGCAUCCCAUCAGCGCCUUCUAUCUCUGCGCCUGCCCGAAGUGCAACAGAGGCUAAUCGAUAACAAAACACUGCUCACUAUCCUCGACAAGCCGGCUUUGAAACAGUUGGACUCGCUGGUUGAGACAUUGGCCGAUAGAGUGCAGAAUGACAAGGAAGCCCUGUUCUGCGUGUCGCAGUUGAAAAGGCUUCAACCUGUCGGCGAGGACAUUCCCGUUGCCACGAUAUUGAUGUCUUUCUCACGUGGCUGUGGCGCCCUCUUGGACCUCAUGCAGAUACCACAUAGUCCCUGCCAUAGCGACACAGGAUAUCACUCCGAAACGGAAGUCGAUCAGGAAACAGGGAAAGACGUAGUUAGUCGAUACGAGGCCCUCUAUCACCACAGCAGACCCCGGGCGCUGGAAGCUCUGGAUUCCUUACCUGACCUGGAGCACGCAACUCAACUGAAGGCGAAGAUUUUAUUCUCUGUUGUCGUGCUGGCCUUCAGGACGUGUAGGACCAUUCGCGACCACAAGCUUCUCCAGACGUUCCGCACUCUGCACAUCGAUCACCGUUCCUCAGCAUCCCAGUCUUUGCGACAGGAAGUUCUACGGUGUCUGGCCUCAUCCUCAGAAUCAUUUCCACUGGAAGAUGCCGAAAACCAGGUGAUCGGACUCGUUUGUGAAACGCUGAAGGAGUACAAGUGCUUGGAGUCCUGCCAAGCCUUGAGAAGUUACGCAGGAGAAGCUGCCAAAGUUGCCUGGGCUUUGGUGUGCCAAGUGCCUCCAUACGAAUUGGAUACAGAUUUUCAAACGCCAGUCCGACUGCAUCCGGAAAAACACCAGCCCCACCAAUCAUCGCCAAGAAGCAGUGACAUCGUAAGAGCCUAUUUGUGGCCUGCCCUGAUGCUACAAACGAAUUAUGUCCAUAAAGCCAUCGUUGUUACGGAUGGCACUUGAUGUUGUUUCCUGCGUUCCAAACUUUUCCGAGACCAUUUUUGUAUAUGUGUGUUUACUCAUAGCGGUUGUACAGGGUUGAUCAAAAUAUGUCAACUGGUGCUUUUGGUGAAAUAACUGUGAAUGCUUCUGCAUUUAGAACUAUUAUGUCUCAAAGAAAAUUUAUUGGUGCUCUAAUGCAACAUUGUAUAUGACAAUUUUUAGUACCGUGUUGCCCACAUUGAGUGUUGUUUUCAUGUCACGAAAUGAAACUUGUUUCAUAAGAAAUUUUCACUGGCACAGGGCGUUUCGCAUAGCCAAGAGCAACCUACGUUGUGUUUUUGUAGAACACUGAGUGUUUUAGGUACUCUAUAGAAAUUAUUCGAAUGAUAAUAAUAAUAAAUUUCUCUUAUUCAAUGUGGGAGAUUUGAGCGUCAGCUACUAUUCCACUCAACAAUAAUGUACUAGAAUUUGUGGAUUAACUUCAACAAAAAUAUUGAAGCUGAAAUAGCUUUCCAAAACAUAAAUUAUUGAUCACGAAAUGAAAUUAUAAUGUUCAAAUAUGUUGUGGUCACUGUAUACGAGUAGAUGGUUUUUAAUUCUAUUUUUGAGCGACGGUGGCGCCGAUAGUUUAAUAGAUUGAUGGAUGUAGCCGUUACUACCUGAUAGGAAAUCAUUAUGAAGAAAAGAGAAUUGAAACUUUCUAUGUGAUUCUUUCCAUCCGAACAGUCAUAAAUUAGCAGCCUACUAUUUGAUGUUGCACAGAGCAUUCUCACUGCCUUUGUCUGCUAACAAUCUAGCUACGGAUAUUGAUAUAAUUACACAGAUAGGGCAUAAUAAUGGUUUCGACGUAGAUUCAAUCUAGAAGUUAGUCAGAAAACAGAGCCGUAAAUUAAUUUUCAGAUUAAUAUACCCCAAGAUCAAACAAUCCUUGGAAAAUCACAAGCAUAAACAUAGCGGGUGCAACCUGUUACAUGAUCAAAUCGAUUUAGUUUA